CAAACCGCAUAUGAGUUGACCAGCAUUUACUGUUUCAAUUCACAUUCUGUUCUUAUUACUCUCACUCCAAAUGCCGCUGUUUAUUAAUCGAGAUCAGAUUUUUGCGCACCAAGUCCACCUUCUAGAGCAUAAACUACGGAGUAAAGAGGAGCGUAUUUUGGAAUUGGAAACAGAGAACGCUCUCCUUCAUUUGAGACUCGCUGAGUGUUUGGGCAAACUUCGCCGUGGAAGAAAUGAGGAGAUUCAUGCCCAAAGACAGAACCAUCAACAUCAGAGAAAAUGGCAGAAGUCCACAUUUGCAGCUCUUUCCAAACUUCUGUCUGAAGUUCAGGUGCUGAAGCAGGACUUGAGGGACGUCUUUACAGUCUACAUGGGGUUUGCCAAAGAACUGGAGGAUCAAAGCAAACAGUUGUUUGAAUGUGUGGGCACUGCCAGAAAUGCUAUUCAGGAUCACCAAAGUAAUGACAUACAGAAGUUCCAGGCUCAGGUGGCUGCACUUGAGCACUCUUUACAGGAAGAGAAGGAAAGGUGUAGAGAGGAGAGGCAGAGAAGGAGGUUGCUUCACAAUAGCUUGAUUGAGUUGAGGGGUAACAUCAGAGUCCACUGCAGAGUACGCCCAAUUCUACCCUUUGAUCAUAGACCAGGAUCCCCCACAACAAAUGGGUCCUCAUCAUGUGAAGCAUUGGUGCAGGCCAUCAGCGAUGACUCUGUUCUUGUAAAUUGCAUUAAAAGCCCUGCUAUGAACAAAAUAUUUGAGUUUGAGAGAGUACAUGGUCCAGAAGACAGCCAAGAGACUGUGUUUGAGGAGGCGAAACCCCUACUAAUCUCUCUGCUUGAUGGGUAUAAUGUGUGUAUAAUGGCGUAUGGUCAGACGGGCAGUGGAAAAACACACACAAUGAUUGGCUCCCAGUCUGAGGAGCCCACAUCUGCAGUGCAGGACUUUCAACAGGGCAUCAUUCCAAAAGCAGCCAGUGAGCUAUUCAAGCUGAUCUCAGAGAAACCAGCAGACAGUCAUACAGUGGAGAUGUCAGUGGUGGAGGUUUAUAAUAAUGAGGUUCUGGACCUGCUGGCCAGAGAUGAAGAUGGGGCAGCAGUUGGAGUGAAGAGAGAGGUCAUCACCACCAGCACAGGCACCAGUGAGGUGCCCUGUCUAACAUAUGAGUUGGUACGCAGCUCUGCAGAAGUGAUUCAGCUGAUCAAUUCUGUGUUGAAACUAAGAGCUCACAGUCCCACCCUGGUGCACAUGGACUCUUCCAGAUCUCAUUUCAUUGUCACUCUCACAGUCACCUCCAAAAGCCACGAUGCACUGGCAUUGGCUCGUAGGCUGCAGAAUGCCAGGCAGGAGCUCUGAGGGGUGUCUCAGAAGGAGUGGUGGAGCCCACGUUGCCGCAGGGCUGCCUCUUUGCACUCAUCCAGCCCCGCCUCCUCACCAUGCCACUCCCCCUGCCACUCACCAUGCCCCUCUCCCCGACCCAGCGUCACACAGACGCCCCUCAAGACCAAGCUUCAGUUAGUGGACCUGGCUGGGAGUGAGUGUGUGGGGAUGUCAGGUAUGACUGGUGCAGCCCUGUGGGAGAGUUCCUGUAUCAAUCGCAGUCUUUCUGCUUUGUCUGAUGUUCUGGGAGCUCUAGCUGAGCAAAGACCCCAUGUACCCUACCGCAACAGCAAACUAACACAUCUCUUACAGGACGCCAUUGGAGGGGAUGCCAAGCUGCUAAUUAUGCUUUGUGUGUCUCCCACUCAACACUUCCUCACUGAGUCUCUUCAGUCUCUGGGCUUCGGCUCCAGAGCCAGACAAGUCCAGAGAAAGCCACCAUGCAGAAAGAGUACAGCUCUGAAAAUUAAGCAAAACUAGGGAUGAGACCAAAAGGAAGAUGCAUCUGAUAGUAAAAGGCAACGGGAGUGGACUGCUCAUGCAUUGUCAAUAUCAUGUGCUUUGGGGAUAUUUGUCUGAAAACAACAACAACAACAACAAAAACGUGUUUACAGUUCUGUUUCCUGUCUGCUUGAAAUGCUUUUAUCUGCAGUGUGUGUGUUGAGUGAUGAUGAAAAAUGUAUGGUUUUGAAAUAUUAGGGCAAGCAACCUGACUGUAGUUGAUCAUAUGUUCUACUGCAAUAUUUGUAAUUUGUUGACUUUUCAAUGUAUCCCUAUUCAUGUUGAUUUAAUUUUAAUAAAAUUCAAAGAGAAAAGUUUAGCUUCAUUUUGAAACUUAAUAUCUCAUUAACUUAUGCUUUCUUACCAUCUGUUUUCAGACAUUUUCUUCCAUUGUUUCAUAAGACACUAAUGUAUUAUUCAUUCUUGUAUAGAGUUGCCGAGGAGUGUCUUUCCUUAUUUACAUCUUAGUCACAACCAAUUAAAAGUUUUCACGCAAGUGGUGUAACAUGAAAACAUAGAAGUGGCCAUGUAAGCGUUAUUUAAGCCAGUGCUUGUUACGUAGCGCCUACCUGAAACUAUCUUCUUAUGUUGAAGUUAUAACACGUCUGUCUGUGACGAAUGAAUCAAUAUUGCGCUGACUUCGAGGUUUUGGUCAUUUUCUGCAUUUAACUUACAACGGCAGGUGAGUUUUAGGGUUUAUAUCGCUGCAUUAAAUUAUCGAGUUUAUAAUACAGCAGGGUGAAUUCAACUAAAUUUGACCACUUUUUUAAAGGCAUCAUCACAUUGACCAAAAAUUACCCAGUUUACCUGAAUACACCCUUUAUGUCAUAUAUAUAUAUACAGUAUACAGUAUAUAUACACCGAUCAGCCACAACAUUAAAACCACCUGCCUAAUAUUGUGUAUGUCCCCCUCGUGCCGCCAAAACAGCGCCAACCUGCAUCUCAGAAUAGCAUUCAGAGAUAAUAUUCUUCUCACCACAAUUGUACAGAGCAGUUAUCUGAGUUACCAUAGACUUUGUCAGUUGAACCAGUCUGGCCAUUCUCUGUUGACCUCUCUCAUCAACAAGGCUUUUCUGUCCACAGAACUGCCGCUCACUGGAUGUUUGUUGUUUUUGGCACCAUUCUGAGUAAAUUCUAGAGACUGUUGUGUGUGAAAAUCCCAGGAGAUCAGCAGUUACAGAAAUUUUGA